AUGCCUUCAGUCCUCCUUUUCGGCGCCACCGGCCUCAUUGGAUCUCGAUUGGCAGUUGAUCUCAAGACUGCGCAUCCCGAAUGGCCUCUCACCGUCUUCGUACGCAGCCCAGCUGCGGAAAGCUACUUCAAGUCGGCGGCAGUUGACCGGAUCGUGUACGGGUCCUUUUCUGACACCGACUUGGUGCGGUCAUUGAGCAAGGAACAUGACAUUGUCAUCAACGCGGCGACCUCGUUCGACGGAGACUUCAUCACCCAGGUCAUUGCGGCCAUGGAAGAGAAGCCUGAGCACUCCAAGGGCACGCUCAUCCACUUGAGCGGCACAGGCAACUUCAUCGACCAUGGGACUACGGGAAGCUUCAAUCCCGAUAGCAAAGUCUGGAAUGACGACAAUGAAGAGGACAUCAAGCUCAUCAACCGUAACAUGCUGAACGGGCCAAGCGACACUCCGGUCCUCGAGGCCGGAGAACGAGGAAAGAUUGUGACCUACGUCGUCUGCGUGGCAGCGACAUAUGGACCAAACAUCGGACCAUCCUCCAGUCUGGGUCUCAUCUACACCAUUCUCACAUCCAAUUCCAAACAGUUGGGGUAUGUUCCCUACGUGGGAGACGGGACCUCUGUCGUCAGCACGAUCCAUGUUGCAGACGUCGUCCCAUUCGUCACGAAGGUCGUCGGCAUCGCAGGAACGCAGGAGCCCCAAGGCAGCGCCUACUCCAGAUACUACAUGCUUCACGGUGAGAGAGUCGCCUGGAAAGACUUGGCAGCGGCUCUGGCAAAAACGCUGUAUGCCAAAGGCGUGGUGGGAUCCCCGGAGCCAAAGAGUGUGCCAAUGGAACAAGCUGGAGAAGGGCCCAAGGGCUUGAUUGCCUCGAACAUGCUUAUCCGGGGAGACCGGGCGGCGAGGCUAGGAUUCAAAGCGACGCAGCCAUCGAUGCUGGUCUCGAUUGAUGAGGACCUCGCACGCUAUUCUCUCUGA